AUGAAAAUACACGCGUGCAUUAGCACAGCCGAAGGCCAGAGGCUGAAUGUAGGGUACCGGGGUGCGGACAGGGAAGGAAGGGGCUCCUUUGUGAACGAGCGAGCCAGGGGCACAUACGAACCGGAGCCGGCUCCUGCCCUCCACGUCGUGGGGGCCGUCUCCCUCCUGUUCCUCAGGAGUUGGGGUCCCCGAGAGAGACAGCUCUGCCCUGCCCUGCCACUGUGUCUGCAGCCCACCUGGGUUUUCCUCCGCCCCUCUUCAAACCAGGGCAGGGUCCCCGGCUGUCCCCCGAAGCACGGGCCACUCUUCCGCACGCAGGGGGUGGCAGGUUUGGCCGCUUCCAGAGGGGACCAACUUAGGCAAGGAGGGGAGACCCGGGGCCCGCCGGCCUGGAGCCCUGCGACGUCUCGAGCACAUGUGCUUCCCGCGAGGCGCAGACUUCGAGGGGCGUGGAAGGGGCGCCCCCUCCCCCCGAAAGGAGGGGCGAGGGUCUGUGGCCUUCCUGGCGUCGCCUGGACGCGAGGCCUGCAGGACACAUGGAAGGACUUUCCCCAAAUCAUGCUCCAGAGAAAGGAAACUCUCCACUGGUCUGCAUCAGGGAAGCUAGUUUUCCCCCUUCUUUUCUUCAAGCACCUCAACAUCUGCCCAGGAACUGGAAGAGAGGCACAGCGAGGAGAGGAGCUGGGCUCCAGCAACAUUUCAGAGCGGCCUGGACGAAAGCUUGGACGACCACAGAAAACCUUCCUGCCUUGGACCCCAAUCCAGAUCGAUGACCUAAUAUAUCUUUCCCCACACCGACUGCCACGUUUUUAUGAGCAUCGAGAACUGGGUGUCUGCCAUCAGCAACAAAGAGAGCUUCUCCAGGGCACUCCUGUCCUCCGAAUCGCCAGGGUCCCGGCCGCUAGCCACACCACACCGGCCCAUGUACGAGCUGAGCAAGACACUUCAGCAGGGUGAUUCUUAGGGAACAGGGAGAGUCCCUGUCACGGCCUGGCCGCCUGGGCUUCAGAACGCUGAGCCAGAGUGGAUGUUUCCCUGAAGCCCACCGCGAAGCCAAGGAAGAAAUUCUGCUUCUCAGAGGGGCCUGGUCCCGAAUUUAUAUUUGUAAUGUUUCCCUUUAAUUGCACAAGCUACAGACUCCUCCCAAGAGAAAUGGAUAGAAACACUGUACCACACUUUAGCCUGAUAAAAGUACACCAUUUAAACGGACACUCCCUUUUGUCCUCCAUGGACAGGCCACCAUCCCGUCAGGCCAUCUUGGAGACAAGCUAGGUUGAGUCUCUGGCUGUCUGCUGUCCUUUUUGAAAUACAGCAGUGGUUCAAAAAGUGGCUGUGGUUUACAUUUAUUUACUUCAGCUCCUCCUUGAAAGAAGACUUAGUUGUGGACUCAUUAUUACCACCACUUAUGGAUGUAAAGACUGGAAGAAUUUUCCUGCCUGGGCCUCACUUUUAUUACAUGGUAUCACUGUCCCAGGGUGGCUGAGUUUUGUUUUAUAGUGAAGUUGGUGGAUCUGGACUUUUCCCAUGAGACUCAGAGGACCAAGCCAUAGAAAUUUUGUUGUUGUUCUGACCACAAAAGUAAUGGCAUAUACAUUUACGUGGUUGCAUGGUUGCAUACAUCUGCAUGCAUAAAUAACUUGGAAUAUUAUAAUUUAUAGCAUAGUGAGUGAAAAUCUUCCAUAAUCCCUUAUCGUCGAGAAAAGCCAUUCUCUUUUUUCCAAGACAUACAUUAACAUUUAUUAUUUCACAAAAAGGGAUUGUACUCUUACAACCCAGAAGCGUGUUCCCUGGCUGGCAAUGUCUUCCGUGUCUUUCCAUGUUAGUCUAUAAAGAGUGACGUUGUUUUAAAUCUUCUUUUCUGUGGCUCCAUGGUGCUGUGCUGCACGCUGAACCAUACUUUCCUAACCAAUUGCCUGUGCACACUUGGGUUCUGUCCCAUACUCCCUGUUGCAAAGUGUUUCCCAACCCAAACAUCACUUUAUACUUAAACAUCUUUCAGCAGUUUGGGGAAUCUUUCUUUAUGAUGAAUUCCCAGAAGGUGAAUUAUUAUUGGGUCAAGAGUUUGAGCAUUUCAUUUUAAUAGCUGUUGUCAGAUUCCCCUCCCCUAAUGUUACUCCCAUUUACACCCCAAGCCACACUGUAAGAAGGACCUGCUUCCCCAGGCCCUUACGGAUGCUACAAGCAUGCCACUUGGGCAUGUGUGAUGUGAGUUAAGUGGCUGUUCCCUUGUGAAAGCUAACAAAGAGAUCCAAAGUCCCCCCCUUUCCUGGGCAAGCCAACCACCUAGGCAGCUAGUUAAUUGGAAAGGCAAAAAGUCUACAACCUAAUGCUGGCAUCUGGGCGGGUUUACUACAGAUAACUUGUCAGUGAGUAUGUAAGAAACUGUGAGUAAUUAAUAACUUAAUUAUUAAAGAAAUAUACAUUGGUUCCGAUUUUCAGCAGUUUUUAUAAUUAUAACACACGUUAAUAGUACAGAUAACAGGUUUCCUUGUGACAUUUCUGUACAUGCACACUCUGAUUUGAUCAUA